GCGCGCUGCGCGGCGGCCUGCUCUGUCUCUCGGAGUCCGGCUUUCGGCUCUGACUUGGAGACCUGUGCGGUCCCAAGCGUCGGAGACCGAACAGAAGACGCAGGAAAGGGUGCAGGUGGCGGGGCCAAGCUCCCAGGGUGUCGGCCUCGCGGUGCGGAGCCGCCUGAUCUCUUACGCUGCCAGGCCCCCGGUGCUAGGUGGUGGGAGGGCGUGUGCGAAGGUUCACAGGUGCGGGGCCGCCCUGCCACCGUCGCCCGCCGACAGGGGCCUUGGGGUAGUUCCAUUGUGCAGUCGCGAAACGGGAUUGGGAUCACGCACGCCUGAACUAGGUUUUAAUUCUUUGAAAUCAUUUGUGACCCAUGCUUCCAAGAUUUACACCUGGGCUUGUCCAACUCAAAAGUCUGCUUGACAUACAUACACCACACUGUCAGGUUUAGAAGAGAGAAGGUCAGAGCUGGGAGCAAGGUGCCGGUUUUUGAUAAGAACGUGGAAAGAUAAAGCCUCAAGCUGUCACCCUGGGUAGAGUGCUGUGGCAUCACAGCUCACAGCAACCUCCAACUCCUGGGCUCAAGCGAUUCUCCUGCCUCCACCUCCCAAGUAGCUGGAACUACAGGCGCCUGCGACAACGCCCGGCUAUUUUUUGGUUGCAGCCGUCAUUGUUGUUUGUCGGACCCGGGCUGGAUUCGAACCCGCCAGCUCAGAUGGUAUCUGAGGCACAGCGCCAUCCCCUGGGUGUGUUUGAGUGUGAGCUUUGUGCUUUGACGGCUCCAUACAGCUACGUGGGACAGAAGCCCCCUGACACCCAGUCGGUGGUCCUCCUGGAGGAAAGCUAUGUCAUGAAGGACCCCUUCACUUCCGACAAGGCUGGAUUCCUGAUCCUUGGCUCCUGCUGCAGCGUGUGCGGCAGACUGGUGUGUGUCAGCCCGGAGUGCAGUCUAUUCUACUCCAAGAGAUUUUGCCUCCCUUGUGUCCAGAAGAACAUCAGUGCUUUUCCUCAGGAAAUUCGGCAAGACUUGGAGAAAAGAAAAGCUCCAUCAAAAAGGCCUUCCAGCCAGCCCAGUUCUCAGAUGUGAGCGAGGUCAGUGCCCAGGCAGCGGGCAGCACCAUGCACAGAGUCCAGGCCUAUCAGGAUCAGGGAUGCCACAGAGCUGGGAGCCGCCAUGCCCAGCCUGUUUCUAGGCCAUCAGGAGCAGCUUUUGUGGCCCAAGGGAGCUGGGUCCAGCUUGCAGCAGCAACAGAGCCAUAGGAGCCAUGCUUAGAGGG